AGGGAUAAUGGAAGAAGCAUUCAGGUGGAAGCUCUGGCACUUGGGGCUCUGCAAGGCUCUUGCCCCACUGAAGGCUGCCUGGGAUGACUUCUCCCAGCCUGUCCCAGCCAGCUGUGGCCAGCUGCUGACCCAGAUGCUCCUGUGUGGUUCUUUGGCUGCUGUUGCUGCAGGUCUGAUCCAUCACUGGCUGGCGUCCUUGCUGCUUUAUCCUCUGGGCCCGUCAGCCAUGGUGGCCACUGUCUGUGGCCUCCUGGUCUUCCUGGGCCUGGGCCUGGUACCCCCACUCCGCUGCCUGUUUGCACUCAGCGUGCCCACCCUGGGCACGGAGCAAGGCCGCCGGCUGCUCCUAUCCUAUAGUGCUGCCACCCUGACCAUGGCUGUGCUACCAAACAUCCUGGCCAACGUGGGUGCAGCCGGGCAGGUUCUGAGGUGUGUCACAGAGGGCUCCCUGGAGAGUCUGCUCAAUACCACUCACCAGCUGCAUAAGGCAUCCAAGGCUGUGGGCUCCACAAGCCAAGCGGGCAGCCGGGGCCUGACAUUUGAGGCCCAGGGCAAUGGCUCUGCCUUCUGGCUCCACAUGCUUGGGCUCACUCAGCAGAUCCUGGAGGAUUUCUCUGGCCUGGAGUCUCUGGCCCAGGCGGCAGCGCUGGGGAUACAGCGGGUGGUCACAGGGCUGUUUGUGCUGGGCCUCCUGGUGGAGUCAGCCUGGUACCUCCAUCGCUAUCUGACUGACCCACGGUUCGACAACAUCUAUGCUACACGGCAGCUCACUCAGCAGUUGACACAGGCCCAGGACACACACCUGCUGACUGCUCCGCCUGCCUGGCUGCUCCAGGUAGCCCAGCUGAGGCUGUCACAGGAGGAGCUGCUGAGCUGUCUCCUGAGGCUGGGCUUGCUCACCCUGCUCCUGGUGGCAACGGCUGUGAUGGUGGCCACAGACCACGUGGCCUUCCUUCUGGCCCAGGCAGCUGUGGACUGGGCUCAGAAGUUGCCCACUGUGCCCAUCACGCUCACGGUCAAGUAUGAUGCGGCAUACACGGUCUUGGGCUUCAUCCCCUUCCUCUUCAACCAGCCGCCCCCGCAGAGCCCCUUCCUCUCUGAGCACCGCUCCUCCAGGUGGGAGCUCCGCCUCAUCGCAGCUCGCUGCCCGCUGCUGCCCGCGCGGCGCCCCCGCACCGCCGCGCCCCUGGCCGCCGGGGCCCUGCAGCUCCUGGCUUGCUCCACCGUGAUCUUGGAGACCUACGCCCGCCGUCUGCGACACGCCAUCGCUGCUUCCUUCUUCACCGCCCAGGAGGCAAGGAGGGUGCGCCACCUGCACGCCCGGCUCCAGAGAAGCUACGACAGGCACCGAGGCCAGCAGGCGCCGCUGCGGGAGUUCUUCCCGCGCCCGACACCUGAGCUUGCCCCAAGCCCCCAACCCUGGCAGGGGUAGACGGGCCGAGUUCAUGCCGGACGCCUGGCAGAACGCGGAGCUGCAGGGAGAAAAGAGUUUUGUAGUUACACAGGCCCAAGUGGUAACUUCUGCUCUCUCCCCGUGUGACCUGGGGUAGGUCACUUCAUCAACUUUCUGAGCCUCAGUUUCUACAUCGGCGUAAAUGACAUAAUUGCAAUUGAUGAGACCUAUUUUCUGCCUGGGGAUGUGGUAGGAAUGGAACAAGACAUUGGACUGGGUAAACAGCAAAGGACUAUGCAAAGGUGAAACCAAGGAGAUUCAGAGGCGGAGCCAGCUGCAGGUGGGUCGAGGCUCUUAUCUGCGUCUACCGCUUUGUUGCAGUUAGGGUCUCACGGAGAAGCAUGCCGCGGAGAGUAAGACCCGCGAUUGAAAUUGUAUGGAAAAUAAAGAGGACCACCGCUCUCUCAUGGCGCGUGGCAAUCUUUAUUUCUUCUACCAAAGCUCAUAUAGGCACAUAAUCAAUAAACACAUGACUUAAACCUUGGCCCCAGGCCUUUUGCCUGGUACUUACGGGCCUAACCAGAUUAACCCAUAACCAUUUUACUAACAUUAUCUAAAGCUAUCCUUAUGGGCUAAGGUUUAACCGAUUCACGGAUAACUACUUCAUCUAAACUUAAUCCUCCUAAAAAUACAUGACUUAAUGGAGAACAUGUUGUUAGCCAUUACUUCUUUGCUCUUAUCUGAUAAAGCCUGAGGCUCUGGGGGAGAAAGAUAGAUCGAAUACCUGCCUUACUGACCUCACCGUUUGGAGGCAGUUACUUUAGUCUUUAAGCAAGGCACAGUCAAGAAAUUCUUAAGACAUAGAGAAACUCGUUUGCAAGUCUCUGCUCCCAUGUGGGCCUUAAGUCAGGGGGUUUUUAAUGCCUGCAACCAACCCGGCCAUAUGGGAUUCUGUCUCAGUUUCUCACAAGUAUGCCUGCGUAAAGUCUUUUCACUGCUCCCUCUCAAACAGCUUUUUUGGCUAGAGGCAUAUAGGCCUUUUGCCUAUACUGCUUUACGUGUUAGAUGGGGCCUUUCCAUCAUUAAUUUAUCUAAAUGCUCCUGAAACUAACUUAUGUGCCUCUGAAUCCUCUGAACCUGUGUAUAG